GUACUCCAGCCCAGUCUGGCUUCGGCAUUUGAUUGUGCGCAGAUCUAACGUAUUUCUACAGAUCACACUUCCUUCCCGCUGCAUUCUCAAACGUCGUUUGUAAUUUGUAUGUUUAAAGAAAAGAAAAUCAUCAUUUUAACACCAUACAACCAGCCAGACUUUGCCGUUUUUUGGAAUUAUAUCGAAAAUUCAUAAGUGCUUGAGGAUUGGGAAAAAAUACUGCCAGAGUCAUAUUUUGGGAAGGGACAUGGCAGAUCAAAAGGAAGAAGGGAAUAGAACUCCUUUGAAGGAUUUCACGAAUGUCAUCAUAUUCAACACACCUAAGAGUAUAAAAGGGCUUUCACUCUCACCUCAGAGCGGUGGCGGGGAGAAGGUGAAACCAGAAGCAAUACUUGGAGAAACUUUUACCCAUCCAGUUGAAGAAGACCAGCAAUCAACAAACAGUGCUGCCUCAUCCCCAAGCAAAUCCCACACCGACGUUGAUACAACUGAUUAUGAAAGUGCCGAUGAGGGAAAUGUGUCGCUCAAUCCUUUAAGUAUUACAACUUUAGCUGAUUAUCUUGAUUCUGUUCACAUUGGUACGCCAAAGAAGGUUAGUCCACUAGUCGGCACUUUCCCGUUCUCACCUGCUGAGAAAGAUUUGUACAUAUCAUCACCGAAGAGUGCCGACAAUUCUAGCAGGACUCUUGAAUUGUCUACCACGACUCUCGGUGAUGAAGAUCUGGAAAGUUCUAGAGCUAUAAACGCUAAUAUUACACUGAUUAAUACUGAUACCAAUGCUCUUUCUUGUGAUAUUACAGAAGAGUCAAUAAACAACGAUUCGGAGCCAAAAAGUAGUUCUUGUGAAUGUAAUCAAGAAUUGAAUGAAAUCACAAAAGAAACAAAUUGUUCAAAACCCAAAGAAGUUCUAGCUGUUGAUAGCACACCACAAAUUUCAACAAACAAUGUCAUUUAUGACAAUUCUGAUUUAAAGGCGAAUACAAACUUUAAUCGAGAAAUUAUAAAUAAUUCAGUAGAACCAUCGGUUUAUCCAUUGGUAGUUGAGAAAAAAUUGUUAAACAACACAGUAUCAUUAAAACAAGAACAUAAUGUCAUAGCUAAUGAAAAUUUAACUAAUGACAAUAAUACUCAACUAGGUGAAAUAAACUGUGAUAAGAAUUUCCUUAGUGAAAUUGUUGAAUCACAACCAUCAGAGGAACUGAGUGCAACAUCAGUGGAACUUAAAGCACCAACAGUUCAUCAUAUUUCACAAAAUUCUGAUAGAACGGUAAGCGAAACGUCAGUGCAAUGUUUUCAGCGAAGUGAUGAGUCUUUUGGCGAAAUCUAUCUAAGUUUAAACAUAUCAGAAUCAGAUUUUACAUCUUGGGAAAAUGAAACUAUUCGUGCUGUGGCAGAAUCAGAUUUGAAAUCAUUUGAAAGGGAAACUUUUCAAGCUGUAGAAGAGUCAAAUAUCAAACCGAUAGAAAACAAAGCUAUCACUGCUGAAGCAGAGUCAGAUAUCAAACCGACUGAAAACAAAACUAUCAGUGCUGUAGUGAAGUCAGAUAUCAAACCUAUUGAAACAAAAACUACCAGUGCUGUAGCACAAUUAGAUAUCAGAUCAAUUGAAGAUAAAACUAUCAGUGCUGUAGUAGGGUCAGAUAUCCAACCGAUUGAAAACAAAACUGUCAGUGCUGCAGCAGAGUCAGAUAUCAAACUGACUGAAAACAAAACUAUCAGUGCUAAAGCAGAGUCAGAUAUCAAACCGAUUGAAAACAAAACUAUCAGUGCUGUAGUAGAAACAGAUAUCAAACCGAUAGAAAACAAAACUAUCAUUACUGCAGCAGAGGCAGAUAUCAAACAGACCAAAAACAAAACUAUCAGUGUAAAAGUAGCGUCAGAUAUCAAACCUAUUGAAACAAAAACUACCAGCGCUGUAGUAGGGUCAGAUAUCCAACCGAUUGAAAAUAAAACUGUCAGUGCUGCAGCAGAGUCAGAUAUCAAACUGACUGAAAACAAAACUGUCACUGCUCAUGCAGAGUCAGAUAUCAAACCGACUGAAAACAAAACUAUCAUUACUGCAGCAGAGGCAGAUAUCAAACAGACCGAAAACAAAACUAUCAGUGUAGAAGUAGCGUCAGAUAUCAAACCUAUUGAAACAAAAACUACCAGCGCUGUAGUAGGGUCAGAUAUCCAACCGAUUGAAAAUAAAACUGUCAGUGCUGCAGCAGAGUCAGAUAUCAAACUGACUGAAAACAAAACUGUCACUGCUCAUGCAGAGUCAGAUAUCAAACCGACUGAAAACAAAACUAUCAUUACUGCAGCAGAGGCAGAUAUCAAACAGACCGAAAACAAAACUAUCAGUGUAGAAGUAGCGUCAGAUAUCAAACCUAUUGAAACAAAAACUACCAGUGCUGUAGCAGGAUUAGAUAUCAGAUUAAUUGAAGAUAAAACUACCAGUGCUGUAGUAGGGUCAGAUAUCCAACCGAUUGAAAACAAAGCUGUCGGUGCUGCAGCAGAGUCAGAUAUCAAACUGACUGAAAACAAAACUAUCAGUGCUGCAGUGGAGUCAGAUAUCAAACAGACUGAAAACAAAACUCUCACUGCUGAAGCAGAGUCAGAUAUCAAACCGACUGAAAACAAAACUAUCAGUGCUGUAGUAGGGUCAGAUAUCAAAUCUGUUGAAACGAAAACUACCAGUGCUGUAAGUGAAGUUAGAGAAUCAGGAAUUUUACAAGUUAUUGACACAUCAACCACUGGCAAACUUUUAAACCAAGACAUUCCAAAGUUAGAAGACUCUGUGGUUGAUAAUUUAACAAAUUCAACUACAGAUACAGAUUUGCUAGAAGAAACUAUUGUCCCUUGUCGUGUUAAAGCUGAUUCUAUUCAUGAAAAGAAUCCUUUAGUAAAUGAGAUUAUCAAACGAGAUAUUGUAUCAUUUACAAAUUCAAACACUGAUUUGGAUAUAUGCCCAAAUAAUCUUUCGUGUGUCAGUUCUGCCAGUGACUGUAACGUGACGAUUUUAAUAAAACCACUCACUAUUAAUCAAGCUGAUAAAGGUGCAUUUACCAUCAGUGAGAAAAACAUUUCCAAAUCAAAUACUGAACAGAAUUUACAUCAGAUUGAAGAGUGUGAAGAGAAAUUGAGCCUGAAACAAGCCUUAGAGGAUGCCGAAAUUUUAAAACCGUUAUUAUACUCAAAGAUUCCAAAACAGGAACAGAACAUUGUCAAUUUACCUCAAGAAUUUACCUGUUCCCAUACGGUAGACACGACAGACCUUUUCAAAUCCGAACUGACCUCUUCGACCACUUCGAGUGUUGUACGCGAGGACAGUCUAGAACCCGCGAGCCAAAGUCGAAGGAGCUCUUAUAGGGAGGAUAGCUUGGAACGUACGCCAAAUACUGGCAUCUUUUCCAAACCACCCUACAACAUAAUGGACAGGAGUUACAAUGGUCUUCAAGAGCUGUAUGAAACAUGCUCCAAACAAGAACGGGAACUAGGAUGCACGGAUGUUGUCGAGCCGGCCCUGUUCAAUUUAAGCAUUGCCACUGAAGCUAAACGACUUGCAGAUGAAAUCAACAAAAUGGAUCUAAGCAGUGAAUACUUAGAUGAUGUUAAACCACCUCAGUGUAUGAUGCAAUCAUCUCUGCCUGCAGAGAUCAACAACUCUGAGGCUGGACCCAUCACUGCGGACGAAGAUUUUAAAAAGUCAGACUAUUUUCAGAACGCUACUACUGUGUUCAAUCUUGAAUAUUUAUCUAGGUCACACAGUCAAAGGACUUUGAAACCUUCGAAUCUAACUAGAAAUUCUCUUUUUCUCAAGUUUGAUCCUCUCGUUGGAAAACUUGUCGAAGCUGACGAACAAUUUAACGACAGCGCAAUGUCAGACAAGCCAAACAAUAAACCAAUGGAGCCUUCGGAAGUAACAAUAAAUAAUAGUUUGGUCCAGUUUGAACCUCCUGUCUUACCUGAGAAACAGUUAAACCUUCUCUCAUUGUUGGAAGAGCCACCCAAUGAAAGACCUUUUGAGCUUUCAGAAAUAAUGGAUGAACAUUGUUUGGUCAAGCUAAAUCCUAAUGUUCUGAAGCCUGACUCGGGUAACAAAAACUUGUCGAAAAAUGUACCAACUGAUGAACCUCUCACAAAAACCUGGACUCCGCCAAAGGAUGCAGCAGGGAAUGCCACACUUGUACCCAUCACACCUCUGUCAUCUAAAAACCAGCCUAGUACUAACUCCACACCGAACAGUACCAAAUCCCAGGGAAGCACUCCAACACUUAGACAAGAGUUUCUUAGUAAAGAAAUCUCCAAGCUGCAAGAGCUUAUGCUCCAGCAGGAGGCUGCUCACCAGGAGCUGCUCUUAGAAAAGACAGAUGAGGUCGAGAAACUGCGGAAGCGUCUUUCUGAACUGGAAAUGCGCGAACCCAAACAUGAUCUUGAGAAAAGGUUGAAAGAGUUGCAGGCGGAGAAUGCAAGGCUGCAGAAAGAGCUCAGUGAAAGCAAUGCGAGCAACAAACAGCUUAUCAUCGUUAUGGAAGAAUAUGAGAAAACCAUCUCUCAACUUGUAACAAACAAAGAAGAGAUGAAGAAUGAACACGAGAAGAUCAAAGAUGAGAUCGCCCAAGAGAGGGACACAGCAGUUUCUCAUCUGAACAAUAUGGAAGUAGCUUUUAAUGAUGUACACGCGAAAUAUGAAAGAGUGAAGUCUAUUGUCGAAACUCUUCACAGCAAUGAAAAAUUACUCAAAGACAGCUUGGAAGAGCACGUGAAAACAAUAGAACGUCAAAAAGCUAAUUAUAAUAAGCUUAAGCAUCACGCCUCAGAAAAAUUGCAAGCAGCGAAUCAAGAGAUUGCAAACUUGGUUAGCAGUCACCAGAUGGAAACUGCGAAAAUGAAUGCUGUUGCCAAGAAGGCUGAACUUAAGAUUAAAUCGCUUGAAGAGGCUUUAGAGCAGAAGAAAAAUGAAGUCCGUGAGCUUACUCAAAUUUGUGAUGAAUUGAUCGCCCAGCAAGAAAAACAUUACUCAAGUAAUCCUAGGAAGGCCAAUAUCCGUUUGAGCAACUUCAAAGAAACUCCAUAACUGAAUUUCAAUGCAAUGUUAAGAAAUUCAAGGCCCCGCCAUAGUCAUCACAAAACAAUUCUUUUACAUUUGUUCUGUGGACUUAUUAAAUAAGAAGAUUGUCCAAAAAUGCACUUAUUCUUUUAAGGAAGGUGAUACAAAUAAAAUUGGUAGAAAAUUUA